GAAAGAAGAGAGAGAGAGAGAAAAAAAAGAGAAAAGCAGGAGAUCAGCCUACCCCGGGAGAGUCCUAGUCACACCAAGACUAGGGGGAGGGCUGUUUUAAUUGUGGGUUUGGCCGACUGACGACUGGAGUGCCCUCCUCGGCUGUCUUAGUUGUAGCCGGAGGUCAUGUAAAUCGACCUUAAAAGAAUGCAUAAGCCAUAAAUUAAAAUAAACCCUCACCCAAGGGCUGAUCCAUAAGUAGACAAUAUCCAACCUGGACAAAACGAGCUUUCCUUUACGAGCCGACUUAAACCGCAUCCCCCCAAAGAAUAGAGACUAAAUGCAAAGUCACUUUCAUGAAUUCAAAGGCAAUUUACCAGUGAUUUCUGGGUGCUGGGGCUGAUUUUUUGUCCGUAUUUUCAGUGGUUUCUUGUGAUUUGGGAAGGUGUCAAAGGUGUUAUGCCCUCGAGUUCUGAAGUUCUGGCUGAUGUGGUAAGAGAAAGCCGGAUUGAAGAGUGGAAGAGCAACCACUUCAUAAGAAUGUCUUCCAAGCAAGCCACCUCUCCAUUUGCCUGUGCAGCUGAUGGAGAGGAAGCAAUGACCCAAGAUUUGACCUCAAGGGAAAAGGAAGAGGGCGGUGAUCAACAUGUGGCCUCCCAUCUGCCUCUGCACCCCAUAAUGCACAACAAACCUCACUCUGAGGAGCUACCAACACUUGUCAGUACCAUUCAACAAGAUGCUGACUGGGACAGCGUUCUGUCGUCUCAGCAAAGAAUGGAGUCAGAGAAUAAUAAGUUAUGUUCCCUGUAUUCCUUCCGAAAUACCUCUACCUCACCACAUAAGCCUGACGAAGGGAGUCGGGACCGCGAGAUAAUGAGCAGUGUUACUUUUGGAACCCCAGAACGCCGCAAAGGGAGCCUUGCCGAUGUGGUGGACACACUGAAACAGAAGAAGCUUGAGGAAAUGACUCGGACUGAACAAGAGGAUUCCUCCUGCAUGGAAAAACUACUUUCAAAAGAUUGGAAGGAAAAAAUGGAAAGACUAAAUACCAGUGAACUUCUUGGAGAAAUUAAAGGUACACCUGAGAGCCUGGCAGAAAAAGAACGGCAGCUCUCUACAAUGAUUACCCAGCUGAUCAGUUUACGGGAGCAGCUCCUGGCAGCGCAUGAUGAACAGAAAAAACUGGCAGCCUCACAAAUUGAGAAACAACGGCAGCAAAUGGACCUUGCUCGCCAACAGCAAGAACAGAUUGCAAGACAGCAGCAGCAACUUCUGCAGCAGCAGCACAAAAUUAAUCUCCUGCAGCAACAGAUCCAGCAGGUUCAGGGUCACAUGCCUCCGCUCAUGAUCCCAAUUUUUCCACAUGACCAGCGGACCCUGGCAGCUGCCGCUGCCGCCCAGCAGGGCUUCCUCUUCCCCCCUGGAAUAACAUACAAACCAGGUGAUAACUACCCUGUGCAGUUCAUUUCGUCAACAAUGGCAGCUGCUGCUACUUCUGGACUCAGCCCUUUGCAGCUCCAGAAGGGUCAUGUCUCCCACCCACAAAUUAACCCAAGGCUAAAGGGCCUAAGUGACCGUUUUGGCAGGAGUUUGGACACCUUUGAACAUGGUGGUGGCCACUCUUACAACCACAAACAGAUUGAGCAGCUCUAUGCCGCUCAGCUGGCCAGCAUGCAGGUGUCACCUGGAGCAAAGAUGCCGUCAGCUCCACAGCCACCAAACCCAGCAGGGGCAGUCUCACCUACCGGGAUAAAAAAUGAAAAGAGAGGGACCAGCCCUGUAACUCAAGUUAAGGAUGAAGCAGCAGCGCAGCCGCUAAAUCUCUCUUCCAGACCCAAGACAGCUGAGCCUGUGAAGUCCCCAACGUCUCCCACCCAGAGCCUCUUCCCAGCCAGCAAAACCAGCCCCGUUAAUCUGCCUAACAAAAGCAGCAUCCCCAGCCCCAUUGGAGGAAGCUUGGGAAGAGGAUCCUCUUUAGAUAUCCUGUCCAGUCUCAACUCCCCCGCCCUGUUUGGCGAUCAGGACACAGUGAUGAAAGCCAUUCAGGAGGCUCGGAAGAUGCGCGAACAGAUCCAGCGGGAACAACAGCAGCACCAGCCGCAUGGUGUGGAUGGGAAACUGUCCUCCGUGAAUAAUAUGGGGCUGAACAACUGCAGGAAUGAAAAGGAAAGAACACGCUUUGAGAAUUUGGGGCCCCAGUUAACAGGAAAGUCAAGUGAAGAUGGAAAGCUGGGCCCAGGUGUCAUCGAUCUUACGCGGCCAGAAGAUGCAGAGGGAAGUAAAGCAAUGAAUGGCUCUGCAGCUAAACUACAGCAGUAUUAUUGUUGGCCAACAGGAGGCGCCACUGUGGCUGAAGCGCGAGUCUACAGGGAUGCCCGCAGCCGGGCCAGCAGCGAGCCCCACAUCAAGCGACCAAUGAAUGCUUUCAUGGUUUGGGCGAAGGAUGAGCGGAGGAAAAUCCUUCAGGCCUUCCCCGACAUGCAUAACUCCAACAUUAGCAAAAUCUUAGGGUCUCGCUGGAAAUCCAUGUCCAACCAAGAGAAGCAACCUUACUAUGAAGAGCAGGCCCGGCUAAGCAAGAUCCACUUAGAGAAGUACCCGAACUAUAAAUACAAACCUCGACCGAAGCGCACCUGCAUUGUUGAUGGCAAAAAGCUCCGGAUCGGGGAGUAUAAGCAACUCAUGAGGUCUCGGAGGCAGGAGAUGAGGCAGUUCUUUACUGUGGGGCAGCAGCCUCAGAUUCCAAUCACCACAGGAACAGGUGUUGUGUAUCCUGGUGCUCUUACUAUGGCAACUACCACACCGUCACCUCAGAUGACAUCUGACUGCUCUAGCACCUCGGCCAGCCCAGAGCCCAGCCUCCCGGUCAUCCAGAGCACUUACGGUAUGAAGACGGACGGCGGGAGCCUAGCUGGAAAUGAAAUGAUUAAUGGAGAAGAUGAAAUGGAAAUGUAUGACGACUAUGAAGACGAUCCCAAAUCAGACUAUAGCAGUGAAAAUGAAGCCCCGGAAGCAGUCAGUGCCAACUGAGGAGUGUUCAUUUGCUGAAUUAAAAUACUUUGACAUUUCACCUCCCCUCCCCCAACAAAAAGUUCUUAAAGAGCCCGCAUGCAUUUGUGGCUCCAUAAUUACAUCAGCAGAAUGGUCUUAAUUGUUUCGUAAAGUGUGAGACAGAUUAAGUUUUCCCGGAUUUUUCAUGAACUUGAGUUUUUGUCGUUAUUGUUAUUGUUGUUGUUGUUGUUGUUUUAAUUUAGGUGAAGACAUAUUAAAUAUGAGACACCAGGACUUGAAAACUUAUCUCAACCCAUAGCUGUCUUACAAGUCUUAUAUUUUUGUCUUACUUUUUUUUUUUUCCUUUUGGAUGUUGAUAAAAGGUUUAAGUUACUGUUUUAGAUGGGGUUAAACAUUCUCACUCAGGUAUGCUGUGCCGGCCUACAGGUUGUGAAUGUGUUUUUAUUCUGAAUUAUUUGCGAGAACAACUGAGGAUUUCAUAUUGUGAAACAGAACAAGUCCACAGAGUGUGCAGCUGCAUGUAGAGCAUAUUCAAAAGGCCUCGGAAUUCCAUUUUUCCAUGUGUAGAGUUAAACUUUGAAUGUGCCAAACUUUUCUCAGAACUUUUGAAUCUUCAUAUUUUGGAAGUCUUAAAAGGAGACACUGCGAAGUCUUAGACAAUCUUUGGCAUCUUAAAAUAAAAUAGCAAACCGCACAUUUUUUUUUUUUCCAGAAAAUGGUAAAGUACUCAGGAAUCUGGAGACAAGAAAUUGUAAGGAACGAACAAGGUUGCCACAGUGCACGUACCCAAUCGUGUUUGCCUCUUGACGUGCCAUCAGUGUGUAAUGGGCCGCGCCGAGCGCGCCCCAGAGCGUUCACCACACCAGAUACCCACGUGGUGGUCUUCUCUGCCUGAGACCACCUCUCACUACAUCCAUUAUCCCUUCACCUUUUAACCCUGACAUUCAGUCUUAACACAUUUUCUCUUAAAUAAUUUAUUCAUUCCAGAAUGUCGAGGGUCCACUUACUAUUUAUUUGAAAAAAAAUGUUGGUGGCAUUAAUUUAAUAAUUCUUGUUUUUCACCCUCCUUCCCUGAAGAUCUUUUCAGCCCCUUUCACCUCCUUCUCCUGCUACAUACAAAAGAUGUACAUAGUGAUUUUAUGUCCCCAGAGCAUCUGGAAGCAUUUCUGAAACAAGAUUCUAUUAAAUACUUAUAUUGUUUUUAAACAUAAAUGUAUAUCUGGCUGUAGGGCUGUGUAUUUGGAUACAGGUGUGUAGUCUUACACUUCGACAGGUAUGCCCCUGAGGUUCUCUGUGACCUCAAGUCUUUUGCCAGAAAUUUCCCUCUAAUCCAGUUUAGCAACAGUGGUAGGAUCUGUAUCAGCGGCAUUUCCCCUAAACGCCAUUUGGCUGCAAGGGUCAGCAGUGGUGACUGCCAGGCAGGAGGGUCCCGCAGCCAAGCCGAAAGCCCAAGGUUGUGGACCACGGAGGAGGCCACAGUGAUGCCGUCAUGGGCUGGCACCUCCACAAUGAGUUGCCUUGUUGCAUCUGGCACACCUAGGGAGUUUUGUUUUUUGCAAAAUCCCCAGGAUCCAAGAAGCACAUGACAGCCUCAAGGCAAAGAUAGAGGCAAAUAGUCAUGAUACAUCCAGAGAAUGAAAGAAAACCAUAGGGAAGGAGAAGGAGGGGAAAUACAUUCCCUAAAGGGGAUGUUCCUACUGUUAACUCUGGGGAACGGAUGACUCCUGGGGCAGCAGAUGAGCUCCUCUGGCUCCCUCCCUCCACCAGUGGCCACGUGGGGAGGGGGGCAUGCCUCCCUGUGAACACGAUUAACGGCACUGGUCACACGAGGAUUUCUCUGGAGAUGUGCUGAUGGGCUGGGAGGCAGUGAGGUUUCAUUCCCCUUUCCCAUCUACUGUGAGCUCAGCCCUGCCAUUUUGACCUUCCUGAAACCAGGACUGACUGCCAAUGGUGGGGGAGGGAACCUCACCUGGAGUGGUUCAAUGGGAAAAUGUCAGUUAAUGGGACAGUUCACCUCAUGGGACAACCCAGAAUCUGAUCACCAGGACAUAGGAACGGCCCCAUCAGAUUUCUUGAGCCAUUUUGUCACUUGGAAGAAAAUAGUGUACCUUCAUAUUUAUUUAAGGAGUGCUCAAGGCCAUACCUAAUAGUAAUAAAUAGGUCUAGCCAAGAUGUUAUGGGCUGUGUCAUUAGCUGGGAGUGCUCUCCAUAAGCUGAUUAAGGUACUGAUAGGAAUGUUUUGUUCUUAGUAUUGGUUGGGGAUUGGAACUUUGUUUUGUACAUUUAUUUCAAAUGAGGAGGAGGUCAUUUUUUCUCAAAAAAUGAAUAUUUAUUAUUGUCUUACUGAUUUCUUUUGACUAUAUACCUCUCCUCCUCACUUCAUACUCAUGUGUUUUUCUCCUUCUCUUUGGCUCUUGCUUUUGCUCUCUCCUCCUCUCUCCUCCUUUUUUUUAUUUUGCUGCAUAGGUAGAGUGCUGUAUGGCUAGCAUUGUAUUGUAUGUAAUUAAUUUUGCACAAAGGCAAACAUUUAGAAGAGUAGGUUAAUUUUGUUUGUUUUUAUGACCAUGCCAAAAUAAUAUUCUGGGCUGGUGGAGAACAAAGGACUGUUCUUUAGGACUGAAACUUGAUUUUGCUUGUAGUUAAAAAAAAAAAAAAGAAAGAAAGAAAAAAAACAACAAAAAACACACACACUCACAGAUGUUGUUUCGUAAGUGUUAUAAGCACUGGAUAUAAAUGGUAUUUUUUAUCACUUCUGACUAAUGUGAAACUGUUGUAAGAAAACGACAUGAACAAAAGUCAUCUGUUUCGACUCGUGUGGGCUUGCCUCACAGUUGCCGGAUUUGAGUCAUUUUUAUGUCUUGUUAUUUCAUUUAUUUAUGCAAAAUACAUGUGUGUAUGAACACUUUGUUUUAGCUCCAGCUCUGCCUCAGUACUGGGGUGCAGUUACUUCUAGCCAUGUUCUUAAAAGUGAAAGGCUAUUCAGGAAUGAUCUGAUUGUAAACGUCUCUUUCAUUGGGUCAAACAGUAAUGCUGUAUUUGAAUCUAAAUUCUGCGUAUAAGCAGGUUAUUCUAUUUAUUAGCCAAGUUUGGCUCUAAAUGUCCAUGGAAAUUAAAGAAUGACAAUCAUAGGGAUCACUUCAUUUUCUUUUCAGUGGGGCUUAAACAAAGUUUUUAUGACUUUACCAUCUCAUUUUAGAUUUUUCUAAUUGUGUAAAUAUAACAUAGAAAUAGAAUUUAUUUUUGGUUCAUGAAUACUUAGUGAGAUAUAAGUUAUGUAUUUCCUUUUCGUUCUCUAUCCAUGUAUGUUGGUCCAGACUAGAAGUUGACAAGUCACUGUACCUCAUGGGGAUAGUGAAUUAGCCACCACAGUGAGAGAGCAAUGUUUCACCUGUCGCUGGGGCAGUCACACCCUUCUCUAGGGCUCCCACGCAGUUUGGAACCCACUGUCCACAGACUCAGACUUUCACUUACUUUUUUAUUAUAGAAAGUCGAUGAAUUGAAUAUCCUAAAUUUCCAGGACAGCUCGGGGAGAGUCAAUUUGCUUUUGUAAGUCCACCUAAAUCUUAUAAGGUAGUUCGGUGACCAUUUAAUAGCAAGAAGCGUGAAUGCCAUUCUACAGGCAAAAAUCUGCCUCUGAGAGUGACCGUUAAUAAAAGUCCUACCAUGCCAGUUAGAUUAAAGAAUGCUCAUCAACCUUUUUCCGUGCUUCCUCUUUCACAGUAUCUUCAAAUCAAAGACAAAUCAUCUCCAUGUUGUUAAAGAACUUAGAGGAUCAGGAUUUUCCUUGUCAUUUAGAAUAGGGACACUGGCUCACGAUCCUCUCCUAAAAAAUGGACCAUAUGGGUUAGGAAGGAAGGAAGAAAAGGAAGAAAGGAAGGAAGGAAAGGAAGAGAGAAAGAAAAGAAGGAAGGAAGGCAGAGAAAGAAAGGAAGGAAGGCAGAGAAAGAACGGGAGAAAGAAAAGGUCAAUCCACGGACAGGAGCAGCCUGGCAGGCGGUCUCUCCAUCUUCUUGGCAGAGGCGAUGCAGUACCUUUUCCAGGAAGGUGGGAACAUUUGUCAUUUUCACGUGUAUACAGCUCGGUCUUUUAGGAGCCCAUCAGUUUGCUUCAUUUGGUAUUUGAUACUCCCCAGCCUUGUCCGCAGGCCUGAUUCGAUACGCCAGGGUCCUGACUCGGUCUCCCAGGCCAAGUUCUAAAUUCAGGUGUGGGCUCACAGCACUGUUGAGCUUGUCAAAUGCUGGCCUCCCCUGAAUGUUAGCCCCACUGGAGCCUGGGGUGUUUGAAAAGGGUGUGAUCCCUCUAGGGCUGAAAUUAAAGGCUUCUUUCUUUUCCUUGUGAAGCCAGGCUGCUUCUUCGGAGCAUAGCCUCCCGAGCCAGGAGCAGAGGCGCUAGCUGAAAGCAGGGAUUGUUCCGAGGAAGCCCGUCCACCCCCAGUAGGAAGGCAGCCUGGUCGCUUGAACACCACAGGCAGAGGCGGCUUCUCUCAAUUUACUCAUUUUGCAGAGAGCUGACCUCUACCCACUCAUUAGGGAAAGGAAAAAGAGUCACUUAGUAGUUUUAAACCAUACGAGAAGUCCUGUACCAAGUGCCAACAACUACAAAGAAUGCAGCUAGAGGAAUGUAUUGAAAUUAUUACUGGGUCUUCCUUUAUAACGAGAAAAUGACAAGAAUGGUUGCUGUAGCCUUGCCUGAUUCUGUGCACGUUUGUCUAAGGACUGAGUUGGCACUUAAGCUCACUUCUCAAAGUAUAAUACUAUUGUAUGACCUCAUUUGUCCUUUUACAGAAGCACUUGCAUCAUUUCCUUAAGUCAUCUGCCCCCUGACAUGUUUUCUUCCUUAAUAAACAACUUCUAUCUGUUAUUCCUGCCGAUUAUGUCCUGUUUCUGAUGCCAUAUACUGUUGAGUGUAACCCUCUGCUAAUAUCAUUGAAAAUAUUGAUAUGCAAACGCAUUUCCUUUUCAUCCCCGUCCCAUCUUUCCUGCUGGGGACAGAUUGCUUUCCAAAAGCUCACGAACAAGUAUUCGGAAUGCUGGUACCUUUGGGGCAGGGCUAGAGGGUGGGGAGGGUGGGAAGGGCUCAGACAGGUAAUGUUUAGCACAGAUACUCUUCCAACUGGUGUCCGUGGCUAUAUGAACGCUUGACGGCAACUCAGUGACAUAUCUUGCUCAGUAGUUUCUUAUUCCUGAAGAACCACAAGCAUAAGGUGAGGCCUCAGUGCUGGUGCUCUUGGAGUAUGGGGAAUGUGCAAAUAUUUAACUGUUUUGUAUGCUGCACAUUGCAGGUCUGCUCCUGUGCAUUCUCCGUUUGUCUUCCUUUGUCAUAUGUGUUUUUGCUUUUUUGAGAGUGCGCUCUUUAUUGUACCCUUCUUCGGCUUGUAGCAAAUUAGAAGGCUUAGCAUUUAUGUUCAUUCAUUAUUGUAUUUGCCAUGUAAAAUUUUUAUUACCUUAGACAAGCUUAUAAGCUGUUACUACAUAACUUAUCUUACUGUAACUCUUUUAUUUCCCGACCUUGUAAUUUGUUUGUGAUGUAUAUUGUGAGAUUGUAUCCUAUGUUAAUUUAAUCAGCACGAUUCACUGACAUGCUGGACUGACAUGCUGGCUGCUGGUUCAAGGUGUAAAGUUUGUGUAGGGCCGUUGGGGCGACUGCAGCUUGUUGUCAAGGUACUGGGCUUUGGCUCCCCUAGCAACACGGGGGUGCGGCCCCUUAGGAUGCUAAGGGCGUUUGCUACAGCCUCGAGCAAAUUUAACUGCAGAUUUCCUUUGUAGAAAUUCUAUGUAUAACGCAGGUACCUACUUGGCCCAUGGCUGGUAACUAUUUGGGCAAUUAGAAAAAACACAAAAACCAUAAAAACUAGUGUCUAUUGCUGCUUUGAAUAUGUUUGAAAGUCUGAAAAUGUAAAUAAUUUAUCAAAAAAAAAAUCUUGUACAGUCCAGUGUAAAGUUUUUAAAUGAUCUUAAGGGUUGCCAUCACGUGUCUCUCACACUCUCCUCUUGAUAAUGGAAAAAAAAAAAAAGUGUGCUAAGGAUUAAAGAAAUGGGAAAAGAAAAAAAAAAUCUCUUCAAAUUUAAAGGAAUGAAUCAUUGUUCUUAGCUUUGUUGCAUACACACAUUUCUUGGAUUUCGUUGUGCAGUAUUGAUGUGAGAUAAACUCGACAUUGAAUAAUCUUUCAGUGGUACUUUUCAAAGUCUUCCCCUCCUCUGCCUCAUAAUUAAGGGAAAAGACAAAAUUGAAAGACACUGUCUUUACCUAUCCUGGUGUAUGUUGGCACCUUAGCUACUUUUUUUUUUUUUUCUUUUUGCACAAGGUGCUUUCCUGAUAUGUUAAACACGCCAUCUUUGGGUGAUAAUGUAUAUGCCAUGAAGGGGCCUCGGGCCCUCAGGGGAGUGUCUAUAAGAACUGCCUAUUUAUGCUCAUUUACCUCAAGACUGUCCUCUCUACCCUUAAUCUAGUCGUCAUCACUCCAUCUUUUGUACUGCUGUUGACACUUACAAAUUAAAGAUAAAUUUUGUUUUAUGA